GAAUGUGAAAAGGUAGCAUUACACAAGGGGAAAAGGGCAGCAAAAGAAGGGGAGGGGGUAGUGUGUACAUGAGAGGCAAUGUGAAGAUUGGAGGGGGGGAUUGAGAGAGCUGAUUUGGAUAAGAAGAACGUAGCAAUUUGCAUUAUUAUGAAGCAAGAAUCUUUAUGAAAGAACCCCUGCUAACCAACAAGGCCGGAUUGGUCUACCAGGACACCAGGAGAUUUCCCGGUGACGUUUCCACCUCUAAACCAAAAGCCGUGCGUGCCAACUGACAUCCUAGACAAGCUUUUGGUUUAGAGGUGGCAACAUCACAUCAUUGGAGAAGAGCGCUGUGCAGUGGGCAGCUGGAGGCGAUGAGUUAGCUAUAAACUUGUGGCACACACAUAUAUAGGGUGCACACAGGAGCUGCAUAAUUCUCCAGGAUCCUCACAGCAAACAUGAACAGCAUCCAGUCCAUUGCAGACAACUACCAGAAGUUCAAUCCCAGAGCUUACCUGCAGAACAAUUAUGUCCCACCGCGGGCAGACUUCUCAUGUGAGGACAGUGUUGUACCCUGGAAGCUGCGCUGCCUAGCAGAGGCAUGCUCCAAAGGUGAGAUUCGUGGGCGCACACUGGUAGAUAUUGGCUCUGGGCCCACUAUUUACCAGCUGCUGAGUGCAUUUGAGCUGUUCCAGGAAGUGGUGAUGACUGAUUAUCUUGAGGUGAACCGGGAGGAAGUCAAGAGGUGGAUAGAUGAUGAGCCGGGUGCAUUUGACUGGAGUCCAUACAUCAAGCAUGUCUGCAGCCUGGAGAGCAAGGGGGAACUCUGGCAAGAAAAGCAGAAUCGCUUGAGGAAGCGGAUUACCAGAGUGGUUCCAGUGGACAUCCACCAACCCUGCCCACUGGGUAAAGAGUUCACCAGUGGGUCAGUAGAUGCGCUUGUCUCUUCAUUCUGCUUGGAGGCCUGCAGUCCAAACAGAGAGAGUUUUGAGCAAGCACUCAAGAAUAUCACUGGGCUUCUAAGAGCAGGUGGCCACCUCCUGUUGAUAGGAGCUCUGGAGGAGUCUUACUAUCUGGCAGGGGAAGCCAGACUAAGUGUGGUUCCUGUCACUGAGGAAGAUGUGAGGACAGCCCUUUGUAAUGCUGGCUACAGAAUAAGGGAUUUCCGAACCUACUCAAUGCCUCCAAGCAUGAAAGUUGGGGUGGAUGAUGUCAGUGGGAUUUUCUUUGCCUGGGCCCAGAAAAUGCCCUAAAAAUAAGCAUUUUGUCUGAUCUGUGUAUAAAUGGUCAGAAUUUACUAAUUUUACACAAUCUCUCUAUGAAGUUAUGCAAUUCAACUACUUUCUGUAUAUAGUCUGUCUACAUAUAUUAAUUUUAUUCUAUGUUCCAGCUAGAAUUUUAUAGAUGGACUUAAAACUAUCACCAAUAAAGAUGGUCACUAUCUAA